AUGGUGGAUCCUUUCCGGUAUGCUUUGGUUUUCUUGAUGCUUUUGUGAUCUUCAAGUGGAUGCAGCUAAAGGUGUCUUUAGAUCUACUUCAUGGCCGCUGUUCUUCACCUCUAUCAGAAAGUGGUAUGUCAACUUCAAUUUCAAUUGGAUGAAAUAAUCUUUCCUUUCUUUAUCAUGUUCAUAUCUUACUACUAUGGCAACUUUAUAUUCUUCUAUUAUUGGUCACCAAGCACUUGCUUCUCACAGCCCACUUAAUUUCUUGUGAUUCACCUGGAUUCUGGUUGUUCAGUCUUCUCAUGCAUCAUUUUUGCUCGUCUUUAUCAAUGUGCAUGUUCCUGCACUUUGGGUUACUUUUUGCAGACCAUCACAUAUAUAAAAUUUUCACUUCUUCACAAUAUUUGGCUACAUCAACCAUAUUAAAUAAUUGAACUCAGUGAUCUGUUUUAGUUGUAUUUUGGACAAGCUCUCCUAUGUUUCUGGUAACCCAAAUUGUUUCCUUUUUCAUAGUUGCAUGAUAUUUUUAUCCAUCAAUGUACAUUCCUCCAUUAGCCUUAUUACAUUUUCCUGCUUCAUUUACAUAAUUCACUGAUACUCGAGAAAAAAAUAAAUAGUCGGUUACAUUUGGCUGCUUUUUUAUGGAAUAAAAUGUCAUGAUGACAUUAAUGACUAGGACUCUAAUUUGUGUUGUGUCUCAUAGUUCAUCCAUUUCAAUGAUAUGAAUGCUUGCAUUAGUAAGGACAACUUGAUCGCUAAAAUCCAAAAUAUGCAUUGUUACCAGGCUUGUCUUGUACCCAUAGAUCUGCUAAGUACUCAGAUCUUAAGUCAGCUGACCUUUGAUAGUUUGGUGUGAUUACUAGGCUUGUCUUGUAUCCUUAGAUCUGCUUAGGACUCUUAAGUUAGCUAACCUUUGAUAAAAUUCUUAGCAUGUUUUUAAGAAAGAUCAAUUUCUAGCAUAAACCUAGGCUUUUCUCUAAGCAGCCACCUAGGCCACCAACCUGUAAGAAUCAAAUGGAAAGAGAUCUUUAAUUUCUUCUCCUAGAUCUACCAGAUCUAGCUAGAAGCUGUCCUGUCUUGUUAUGCUAAUCAAGGAAAAUUCUUCUUUGCAAGCUAGGUUGUUCACUUUUCACAAAUAGAGUAGAAAUUCUAGAGAUCUACCUUUCAGGGCCAGUGUUCAUGACUAACAUCACCUGUGCGUCCUUAUCACACUGUUGCUGAAUUGGUCCCGCUUUAGAGCAUCCAACAAAUUGUCGCACAUAACGGCACAUUUUGAUGCAUGCAUGGUCCACUGACUCCAUCCAUCCUAUUAAAAUACUGUCUGGUAGUCUAAAAGAUUAGAAUAUGAGGUCUGCUUUCUUUUUUCCAUGGUUUUGUCUGCAUCACAUCCCAUCUCAGUAAAUGACAGCUUGUGAUGGACAACAGGAGACAUGUGGGCCUGUUCAGUCGUCCAUAUCUUCCAGCUAAAGUGAGUUCCUCUUCCUCUCAUUCCCUUCCUACUGAUUAUGCUAAGAUCUUGUGGCUUCUUUUCUUUGGACAACAAUACAAACUUAUUUUAUUGCUUCGACUAACUUUUGAUGUUUAGCAUCAUAGGCUCUUUGGUAUUUUCUUUCCUAUCUACUUGUUUAUUCUUUUGUCAGAGUGGUUCUUGUGAGCUUUUCAAAGUCAUUGAUGCCAUGGUGGAGACAUCACACUUGGUGUGUGAUUUUGAGGACCAACAAAAGAAUGUGUCUCAGCCGAACAAAAGAUUAGGUUUAUGUGAACACCACAGGAGCUUCGGUGGCCAGCAUCCAUUUGUUGUCCAAAGGUCACAGUAGUAGGUCAUGAAGUCAAAGCAAAACUCUUUGGAAUGAUUUCCCCGUUCAUGUUCAAAAGUGCGCAAGAAAGGCGUGUUUCCAGUGCUCAAAAUAAUGAUGGGAAUGGGAGACCAAACAUCCAAAUGACAGCACUGGUGGUGGCAGGGAAGUUGCCUAUGGAACCAACUUUCAAAUAGCUGAGGCAGAGAAGUUUGUCCUCUGGGAAUGUAUGGUGGGAACCUGACUCCCACCUUUUCCUGUGCCUUUGUUCAGAAUAUGGCACAACCUUUGCUUUGAACAUAUCAAAGCUAACAUGAGGAGCAACAACAAAUAAAGAAGAAAAAGAAGAUUAGAACAGAAAGUGGAAAGGUCCAGCAGUAGUCAGUGAGAUUCUGACCAAGUGGGGAUAGAACAAAGGAAAAGGUUUCUGGGUGACUCUGUUGUUGAUGGGUAGAGAAAGUAAUAGAUUGUGGAGCCCGCAAGUGAAGAUGCAUAUAAUUGACCCUAAAUGGGAGAAGCACAAACUCACUUGUUAUCUUCUCUUUCCUUUCCUUCUUUCUUUCAAGUCUCUUUCGAAUCCAUUGCUACAUCCCCCUAAAUGAUAUCUAGUAAUUUUGUGACCACCUUUUUUUCUUGCCUUCCAACUUUUUGAGGUCUUGUAAUAAGGGUAUUGGUACUAGAGCAAGUGGACAGUAGUGUAGCUGAGGUUGAUGGGAACAGCAAUGGAUUCACAGGAUGGUUGAUGGAGGGGAAUCAGUUGCACUUAUCUACAUGCACCUUGAUGGGCAUUGGUUCUCUUUCCCUUAUUUUACUUGUUCCCAUUCUUUCAGCCUGGUAGGCAUGACUCAUCAAUAGAGAGAGAGAGAGAGAGAGACUAGGGAACAAAUCUGUCAUCCAUAUCACUGUGAGUGGUAAACAACAAUGCAAGGGGAUCAUGCUUCACUGCUAAUGAAUAGAAAUGCAUGAACAAGUUGUGGUACUGCACUGCUCCCAAAAGUUGAAUGGCUACCUUUUCUGAGCUAAACCACAAUGCUUGAACACUUUUGAGGACCACAAGCAUAAUGCAUGAGCAACUUCUCUGCUGAGAUUGUAGAAAAUGGUUUGAUGCCAUAUUAUUCUCCCUUCAUGUUGCUAUCCAAGUCAUGUUCUUUUAUAUUCUUAUUGUGUAAACCUUUACUUUCUCUCUCUGACUUUUAGGGGGAUGUGCAGAGAUGUGGGAAAGACUACUACGAGAUUUAGAGCAAAAAACAUGCAUGAAAGGGAUGAGCACAGUGCAGUGCUGAACCAGCCGAGCUUGUAUACUUUGCAAAUGGGACUCGUCGCGCCGGUCUCCGGCGCUACAGUUUCCGCUUCUUUCCUUCCCGUGUACAAUUCGUCGGCUCCUGUGACCACCGCUGCCACCUCCCACGGUGGCCUUGCCUUUUACGACAACGUUGAUGCUGUGGUAGCGGCGUCGAGGAAGCGGUCACGCCCGGUGUCGUUUCUUGGCGACGACAUAUCCUCCCACCUGCAGCUGCAGCAGAUGCUCGACGUCGAUCGCCUCAUCCUGCAACACGCGGAGAGGGUGCAAGUGGAGCUUACGGAGAGGCGGAAGCGGUUCGCGCGGCAGAUCCUGGCGACGGUGGAGGAAGGCGUCGCGAAGAGUCUCAAGGCUAGGGAAGAAGAGAUCGCCAGGAUCGGGAAGCUCAAUUCUGCGCUGGAAGAGCGCAUCAAGAGCCUCCUCGAGGAGAACCAUAUGUGGCAAGGGCUGGCGCGGAGCAGCGAGGCCACGGCCAUGGUGCUGCGGGCCAACCUCGAGCAGAUCGUCGCGGCGCAGGUAAGGGUGGCGGAGAAGGAGGCGGAGGCGGAGGCGGAGGCUUCCACCACUCCCGACGACGCCGAGUCCUGCUGCUGCGCAGGCAACGGGGAGGAGGAGGAGAAGACGAGCGCGAGGGCAGAGUGGAGGAGAGUUUGUCGGAGCUGCCGGGAGCGCGAGCCGUCGGUUCUGCUGCUGCCGUGCCGGCACUUGUGCCUCUGCGCGUCGUGCGGCCCGGCCGUCGACGCAUGCCCCGUCUGCAAUUACAGAAAGAAGGGAAGUGUCAGCAUCAACAUGUGUUGAAUUCAAUUAAAGAUCUCUUUUUCUUGCUUCCUUUGAAGUCAUUAUUGUAGAUAUUCUUACUGAAACAAAUGCAAACUAGUUCUUGUGAUG